UAAUUAAUUUAUUUUCAAAAAAGAAAAAAUUAAAAGAAAAAACACCUGAAUUUCUCGAGCAGAUGAAAACGCGGAGCUGAAAUUCUUCGGAUUGCUUGCUUUCCUCCGAAAUCCGUGGAAGCUGCUGAGUUUGCGCGAUUUCCGAGUCGGCUCAGAACGAUGUCGUCGCCGGACAUUGCCGGAAUCCUUGACAACUCGAAGGAGCUCGAUCGGUUGAGGAAAGAGCAGGAGGAGGUGCUUCUCGAGAUCAACAAGAUGCAUAAGAAGCUGAUUUCCUCACCGGAGGUGGUUGAAAAGCCGGGUGAUUCUUCACUAUCAAAGCUUAAGAUGUUAUAUAUGCAAGCCAAAGAGCUGUCAGAGAGUGAAGUGAGUAUUUCCAGUCAAUUGUUGGGACAACUGGAUGCAUUAAUGCCUUCUGGAACCCAAGGACAACAUCGCAGACGGAUAGAAGGCAGUGAGCAGAAAAAGAAGAGGGUAAAGGCUGAUUCAGAAGUCCCGAGGCUAUCUCCUUCAAUGAGAAGUCAUCUGGAGUCGUUGGCGAGUUUGAAGGGUGAACAAGUGGCAGCCAGGAUCACUCAAGAGAAUUCCGGAAAGGAUGAGUGGUUUGUGGUGAAAGUAAUCCAUUUUGACAAGGAAACAAGAGAAUUUGAGGUGCUGGACGAGGACCCCGGUGAAGAUGAAGAGAGUACUGUGCAGAGAAAAUACAAGCUGCCUAUGUCUCAUAUCAUACCUUUCCCAAAACGGAGCGAUCUGUCGAACAUCCCUGACUUUCCUACUGGUAGGCAUGUUUUAGCUGUGUAUCCAGAGACCACAGCGCUAUAUAAAGCAACUGUAUGCCAGACCCGUAAGAGGAAAAUCGACGAUUAUGUAGUGGAAUUUGACGAUGAUGAAGAGGAUGGAAAUUUACCAAAACGGUUGGUGCCAUUCUACAGGGUUGUCGCCCUUCCAGAUGGAUUUCGUCAGUGAUUAUAUGCUAAUUAUCAUUGUAAAGUGGUGUUUUCUUAGGUUGAGUGAGUGUGAGUGUGUCUACGUGUGUGAGAGAAAGAGAGAGAGGCGUUGCGCCUAAUGUAUCUAUUAUCCUAGUAGAAACUAACCUUAACUUAAAACAGGAUAAUCACACUGUAGUAUUGGUAGAGUAAUGCAAUUUAUUUUGCAGUUA